AUGAAGAUUUACAUUAUUAAAAGCAAGUUAUCAUAUGGAUUAGCAGCUAAACCAUUCUUAAUACAAUAUUAAAUUUUGCUGACCCUUGUUUAUAUGGAGCAAUUAGAGAACAUGGACAUCACUACUUGGUUUGGAUUAGUGGAGAAUGUGCUGCUCACGUCUAGGUUCUCAUAAGUCUGUUUUCCCUCCCCUUUAAGUAGUCCAAAUCCCAGACUUGAUCCUCAGGAUUUCUGCUUUUCUCUACCAUGGAUUAUCCGUUUUCGGGCGAAAUGAGCGACUAUUUUACUCUUGGAGACCUAGAAAAGCAGAUUUCUGUAGAUCCAAUAUCACUGAAAGAAUCUUAUAGAGAGGUGAGUGCUGCCCCAGUAGCGGUGGUGCCUGAUGUUGCUGCUCCAAAGCUGAAUGCACUUGCCCAACUACCGCCUCUGUUGCCGCCCUCAAAGCCCAAGUUCUUAAGCUUCAGCCUCCCAAACUCAGCAACCUCAUCGCCGCGAGUGAAGAAGAAAUGGAAAGAAGAAAGCCAAGCAUCUCCCCGGCUGGAGAAUAUGAGCCACCUGCAGCAGGAAAUUGAGUUCUGGCGGACCAAGUCAUGUGGUCAACGAGCACUUGCCCCAUCAGAUGACUUUGAUCUCUGGUUGUUCAAACCGAAGGCCGCUGAUAAAGUCACCACGUAUUACAGCAGCCUUUCCAGAGCUAGGUCCAACAGAGGUGCUGAUAAAAAUGGCAAGAACAGGGAUCCACAUGAUGAUGGAUUCACGUGUGGGGCCCUGUGCUUGUUCAUUCCUGGCUUUGGUGGCAAGGCAAAGCCAGUGAGAGCAAGAAAGGUAGGGCCUGAUGAAUUGGGAAAUGUCAUAUCCAGGACAGUUUCCUUGGAAAAGUUUGAAUGUGGCUCAUGGGCUUCAGCUAUGAUAAAUGAGCAGGAAGAUGACACCACCGGUCACUACUUUGAUCUGCCAUUGGAGCUGAUACGGAGUAGCGUCAACGAGGCAGAUUCGCCAAUUUCAACGUCUUUUGUGUUUGGCACGGAUCGAAAGGGUGCCCUGAAGAACGGAUCAACGAGAGCACAAGGCCGGAAAUCGCACGGCUCCUCACGCCACGUUCGGUUUUCUACAUCAUCAGAUGCUACAUCACCAACUGCUUGCGUUACGCCUCGCUUGCGCAAAGCAAGGGAUGAUUUCAAAGCUUUCUUGGAAGCACAGAGUACAUAACUUACUCUGCUUUUUGGUGUAUUGAGUGUAUUUGCUAUGUUUCAAAAUAAUGCAAGUAGAUUGUAGCUAUAGUCCUUCAACUAUUACCCUGAUUAUCACUUUUGUCUCUGAAUCAAGCAAUUCAUAUAGUCCGUUUGUUUUUCUAUCUAAA